UAUCAAGUUAGCUUCAAAGCUAUGCCAUUUAUAUAUACCAAUGGUGAAAAUCAGGGCUAGUUAAGAACAAGUAAAGAAGAUAGGUCCUGUAAUUAGGUGCUUGUAACAUGGCACAUGCUUCGUCUUAUUUCAAUUCUGCAGGAGAGAUUUAUUGGUCUGCUCUUUUUGGAAACGAAGUAGAGGAUUUGGAAGACUUAGAUGCCCAAUUGGCUGAAGAGUUGCAGUUUCAAGAAGCAAUAUUGCUCUCUGCUGAAGAAACCAUCUCGUCUUCAUCCUCAACCUCAAGGGUGACCAAUACACGAGCGAGCUCCUGGGUGCCUGAGCACAAGCCAAGAAGAUUUGCAAACAAAGCCGGUGAAUCCUCCCGAAGCUACUGUGAGAUAUGUAUUGAUAGAAAAGAAAGGCAUCAAAUGUUCACAAUCCCGGGUUGCUCUCACUCAUUUUGUGUUGAUUGUAUUAGCACAUACGUAAAGACAAGACUGGAGCAACAUAUAACCAUAAUCAUGUGCCCGGGGGAGGAUUGUGGAGUCUUGUUGGAGCUUGAAGCAUGUAGGCCUCGGCUUCCUAAAGAGGCAAAUGAUCGUUGGGAAGAUUUACUAUGCGAAGAACUACUUUGCGCAACAGGUGGGAGACUUUACUGUCCUUUCAAAGAUUGUUCAGCUUUGUUGCUGAAUGAUAACCAAGGAGAAGUGAUAGCAGAAGCCGAGUGUCCUAACUGCCAUAGAUUGUUUUGUGUUCAAUGUAAUGUUCCAUGGCAUCCAGGGAUCAGCUGUGAGGAGUACCAGAUGCUGAGUGAGGAUGAGAGAGGAAGGGAUGAUCUAAUGGUGAGGAACCUUGCCAAAGAGAAAAAAUGGCGCAAUUGUCCCAGUUGCCGUUUCAUGGUAGAAAGAACCGAAGGUUGCCCGCAUAUGACUUGCAGGUGCAAGUACCAAUUUUGUUAUGCGUGUGGAGCAAAAUGGACUCAUGAUCAUGGCGGUUGCCAGGGAAACUAAGGUAGCAUGUAUAGAAUGACAAGGAUAAGAAUGUGAAACAGCAGUUGGUGAAAUUAUUUUCAAUCAUUGGGAGUGGCUCUUAGCAUCCAGAUGGAUGACAAACAGAAUUUGUCCUGAAUUUUGGUUUAUGCUUUAGCUCUAUAAACCAGGAAGCAAACAAUUGCAUUGUAAAAAAUGAUCUGGUUCUAUAUUUGUGACUAUGAUUUGGCUUUGUUUUACUGCUACCUGAAAGUAUUUUUGAAGUGAAUCCUGUAAAAU